CGUUUCAGGUGUCCAUAGUGUGCACGAGCCGCGGCUUGAGAAGGGAGCACACAGGCGCUAUAAAGCACGCAGUUCUCAAGAAGAAGCGGACCGCAAAUUAGCAAACAUCCUCGCAACUCAGCUUAUAAACAACAGCCGGAUAACACAAAGACCACAUUUGAGAAACCCAACACAAAACAGGAUUAUUAAACACACAGCUGACGACGCUUUUCUGAACUUGUUGACAUGAAAGCUUUUUGUGCAAAACAUUUAGCUGGAGCUCACCGGUGAACCGCAGCACCUUAUUUUCGCGUCUCAAAUGACACUCAACACACUGUAUUACGUUGUGGUUUUCAGAUCUUGAUCUCUGAGGAAGCCACCAAUGCCAGGAAUCAGUGCAAACGCGUCGCGAAAUAAGAAGUGGGAGAUGGAGGAAUACGACCAAUAUCAGCACUAUUUCUACGACGACCUCAACUUGGACGAGGACUUCUUUUUCAAAUCGACCGCACCAAGUGAGGACAUUUGGAAGAAAUUCGAGCUAGUGCCAACCCCGCCCAUGUCGCCCGUCAGGACACUGGAUGGGACCGCUCCAUCUCCAGGGGACAGACUAGAGUGGAUGUCCCAGUUCUUGGGGCAGGACGACGAGCAGGAGGGACAGUGCAGACUGAAUGCGGAGGAGACUCUGGAGAACUUGAGCUCCAUCAUUAUUCAGGACUGUAUGUGGAGCAGUUUCUCCGCCAGCAAGCAGCUGGAGAAAGUUGUCAGCGAGCGCUUGUCCUGCUCGGCGCAGUCGAAGCUCUCCAGCAAGGCGCAGUGCGUCCCUGCGGACAACAGCUUGGCGACUGAUUGCGUGGAUCCAGCAGCUGUCCUUACCUUCCCCCUGAGCAGCAGCUGCAAGAAACAGGUGUCGUCCGGGUCAGAAUCUCGCACCGACUCCUCUGAUGAUGAAGAGAUUGAUGUUGUGACGGUGGAACAUAAGCAGAACAAGUCGCGUUUGGUCAACGCCCGUAAACCGGUGACCAUCACGGUUCGUGCAGACCCCUAUGACCCUUGCAUGAAGCGUUUCCACAUCUCCAUUCACCAGCAGCAGCACAACUACGCUGCCCGCUCUCCCGACAGCUAUCCUGAAGAGGAGCCGCCUCGCAAGAAGAUCAGGCAAGAGACCUUGCAGCCACGAGUGGGAUCCACAGCUCAAUCCCCAGAAAGAAAAAGCCCCUUACCUUCCCCCUCAGUCCCCACCCCAUCUCAGACUGUCUCCGCUUCUCCAACACACACAUCCUACCACCUCAAUUCCCAACCCUCCAGCCCUCAGAGUUCAGACUGUGAGGACACGGACAAGCGUAAGACACACAAUUUCUUGGAGCGGAAGAGACGCAAUGACCUACGCUCCCGAUUUCUGGCCCUUCGGGAUGAGAUCCCAGGCCUGGUUGACUGUCCAAAGACACCCAAAGUUGUGAUCUUGACCAAGGCCACAGAAUACCUGCGUACGCUUCAUGUAAGCGACAAACAGAAGACCCAGGAGAAGAAGCAGCUGAAAAAGAGGCAACAGCAGUUACUGCGGAGACUCGCUGAACUGAAACGUGCAUAAACCUUCAUAGCCCAGCCAUAUUUUCAAUAGGAACUAUGUAGAACUGUGUGUUCUUUUGUUGUUGUUGUUUUUUUGUUUUUUUUUCAAAAGUGGGAUAUUAAAUGGAACGGACUCUAUAUUUUGAGAAUAGUUCUUCAGUUUUUGUUCUUUGCACACUUGCCUUUGCAACGGGGGGAGACGUACUUGUGGAAGCUGUGGAACUGGUUCAAACAUUUUCCAAAGAGGGUCAUUAUUUCUGAAAUUUGAAGAUUUAAACCAUGAACGUGUGUUAUCUUAAAUUCUUUCGUGAAAGCUAUAGUAUUUAGGCGGGGAAGUAUUACUUGUAUCAUUGAAUUAGCAUGCCAAAUUAGGCAUUAUUUGAAAUGUAGCAGUUUAUAUGCAUGUGUAAUUGAUCUUCUAAAUCAUCAAGCCCAUUUUUUGUGGCGGAAUCUUGAAUUUAUCUGGGUAAAUAUAUUUAAGGGUCUUUGAGCAAUGUUACUUCUCCGUUAAUAGUGCUUUAUCUAAAUUAAUCUAAAUUUAAGGAGAGCUGUGUGCCCCAUUGCCACAUGAUGACAGAGUAAGUUUAACAAACAGGAAGUUGCAUCACUGUUCCUUUGUUACAUUGUGUUCCAUUUUUUUUUUUUUUUUUUUUUUUUUUCAGUUAUUGUAUAUUAUUGUUGUUAUCUUGAACAUCAAGGACAGUGUCCAGCACAGACUUGCAGUGUAUGUAAACUGUGGCAUAUUCUUUGGACAUAUGUAUAUAAUUGUAGUGGUGUACAGGACAUUAUGUAAAAAUACAUGCUUUGUGUUUUGAAUAUGAAAAUCAGCACUGUUAAUAGACUUUAUUUUCUAUUUUUCUGUCGUUUGUCCUAAAAUUUGGUUGGCCCACCUGCCUUCCCUGGAGUAUCUCAAAGUUUCUAUUUUUGUUAAGAAAAGUAAAAAAAAAAAAAAAAAAAUCAAAAAGUUAAAUAAAACAACACUAUCAACAUUUCAUUUUCAUCACUAGCCACUUUAUGCUGUUUUCACUGCCUAUUCCCUUGUGUUCGGAGGUUUCUUUGGCUUAUUGCUUUUGUGGCAGAAAAAAAAUUGUUGAAAGAAUUUUGUACUAAUUAUAUUUUCUUACAGAAUUAAUUGUAUCAUUGUUUUGAUUUCUAUUUAAAUAUAAAGUUGUACUGAUGGCGUAUGCUUACUUAUCUCCAAAUAUGACAAUGUUAAUUUAAAGUUUAUGCACAUGGUCAUUUGUAAUGCAAUGCAAAAUGCAAAAAAUAAAGGUCAUGUGCUUACAGCAAUCACCACUGAUUGAUUGAGGUGACUUUUGUUUGUACAUUCAGCUUUGAAAUUGGCCAAAAGCGUAAAAUAUGUAUAUGCCAUCAGUAACCCGUUGUUGUUUUUUUCACUUUUGUCCCUUGUUGUCAGGUAUCAUAAUGGGAGGAGAACGGCAGCAGCAUUGUCUAAGCACUUUGUGUUCUGUACCUCAUAAGCCUAUAUACAUAAACUCAAAAUUGGGUAAACAAUAAAAUAAAUUCAGUUCAAAUCA